AUGGCUGCUACUCAAACAGAGGACUAUGUAUCAUUGAAACUUCUGGUGGAUGAAAAGAGAAACAAAGUCAUAUUUGCUGAAGCAGGAAAAGACUUUGUUGAUGUUCUUUUUAGCUUCUUAACAUUUCCAUUAGGAACCAUUGCAAGACUUGUAGAAAAGAAGUCUAACAUGGAGCCAGUUACAGUUGGAUGUUUAAACAAACUCUAUCAAAGUGUGAGAGAUCUCGACAAAGAGUGUCUGAGAUCAGAUGAAAACAAAGGAAUGCUAUUGCAACCCACAAACUCAUCACAAAAUUAUUGCAGCUCUCUUAAACUGAAUAUUGAUGAUACCGAGCCUGCAAAGUACUUCUUGUGUACCAAGUUUAAUGGGUGCUCCUACUCUCGUUUGAUGAACAUUUCCCGAAAUAAGAAGUGUGGGUGUGAGAGUGUAUAUACUCGCUCAGUUUCUCUGAAACAUUGCUGCAAAGGAUUUGUUAAAGAUGGUACUAGUUAUCUUAUUAUGGAUAAUUUAUUAGUCAUCUCAAACUCCGUUCGACUUAAUAGCCUUGGUUUGCUCCAGAAUUUAGGAGUAAACGGUGCAACUUCAGUAAAGGAAUUGAUUGUGAAUGUUACUAAGGACACGGUCCUAGAUAUGCUAAAGUGUUCUUUGCUUUCCAAGACUACUUUAACAGAUUUGUUCUUAAGAAAGCAACCAUUUUUGGAAAGUUACAAGUUUGUCCCGUUUGAUCUGGAAAACAAAUAUAAUAUCCAAAUCAUGGUGAGAAUAUUUAUGAGAAAAUCAGAUGGGAAGGUAUUGUAUGCUCAAGGGGAACAAGAUUUUGCUGACUUACUUUUGAGUUUUCUUUCGUACCCUUUGGGAGGGGUGGUUCGUGCAUUAGGAGGUAUUUCUUCUAUUGAAAAUAUUGAUUUUUUGUAUAAGAGUAUAGUUGAUUUCGUUGAAUCCAAUUAUUUUGUGUCAGAAGAAGCAAAGAAUAGGCUUCUUGAUCCUCACUUGGCUUCACUUUUUAAAAAUAGCAAACAGAUAUUACCCAUUGAGAAUCCAGUCAUGCGUUAUUAUUGCUUUUAUCAACGUCAUAAUUAUGAACAAAGUAUUAAGUAUAGUACUGGUGAUUAUUUCAUAACUGAUGAAUAUAGAAGUGAAUUUGGUGGUAAGUAUGAAAUGUUGGAAGUUGAAUCACCAAGAGGAAGUUAUGAAGGUUAUGUAAUGGGACCAAGAGCAUAUAUGGCUACAGAUGACUUGGUUUUGACACCAUGGUCUCCAUUUUCAGCUUUACAUUUAAUCCACAAUUUGAAAAUUCCUCUUCAUGAUAUUAAGGAUAAAUUUGUCACUAUUGGCAUCAAAGAGUGCUUGACCAUAUUCAAGGCGUCGCUGAUUUCAACAUCUGCUCUAACAAAUGGUCUUUGUCACUUGUUAACUGAAGUUAAAGAAGAGAUUGUCGAAACAAAUUGA